AUGCCCUAUCCCAAUGGCAUCCCCGGUGUCCCUGGCCCGGGCCCACAGCACCAGCAGCAACUUCAAGACCCUUCUGGCCUCAAGUUGACCAGAGGUACCAGCUGCGUUCUCUGCCAACAACGCAAGGUUCGUUGCGACAAGAAUAAGCCAUGCGCCAACUGUGUUAAAGCAAAGGUUGAGUGCCGGGUUAUACCUCCCCAGCCUCCUCGUCGCCGGAAGAAGCGCCUCCAAGAAAAGGACCUUAUCGAGCGUCUCAAGAAAUAUGAAGAUCUCUUGGCCGAGCAUGGAGUCAAGGUUGAUGCUAUCGGUCAUGAGUUAAGGCCUGAUGGCCCCCCAGGCGAGGAUGUUGAUGAGCUUGAAAACGACUUUGAAGGCCUGAAGACGACCCCUGAAGCUAGUUCAUCCCCUGCUCCGUCCAACGCAGAGCACAAGUACGCACCCUGCACAUCACAUCUAUACACGGAUUUUGAACCGUAUGUUAAUAUUCCUGUAGGACCGGUGGAGGAGCCUGGUUUUCUUAUCACAAAGAGGUAUCUUUUUCGGGCAAGCGAGCACAUGCUCCAAGAUUCGUCCGAUGAAGAACCUGAAGUCGGAUCCACCAUUCAUCGUGCCUUUGAUCGCAUGUUUGCAACUAACGGGUUUCCUUUCAUCAUAGGGAGUGCCCCUGUCCCUAUCUCUAACCUCCAUCCUUCCACUAUACACAUUUUCCAACUCUGGCAAAUAUAUAUCGACAACAUUAACCCGUUGCUCAAAAUCACACAUGUUCCCACUGUUCAAGGGCAGAUUAUCGAGGCGAGUUCCGAUGUCGAAAAUGCACCCAAGAACAUCGAAGCCCUCAUGUUUGCCAUGUAUCUCAUGGCAAUCACGUCCCUUGAGGAAGCCGAAGUUUACAGGAGAUUCAACGAAACGAAAAAAGAGCUUUUAGCGAGAUACCAUGCUGGUACCCAGCAAGCACUUACAGAAGCUGGUUUUAUGAGAGUCAAUGAUCCUAUUCUGCUACAGGCAUAUAUCCUCUACCUAUUUGCUGUCCGAUGGUUCGUUGAUCCUCGUCAAGUCUUCUGUUUGAUCGGGUUGGCUGUUCGUAUUGCUCAGCGGAUGGGUCUUCAUCGAGAUCCAGCACAGUUUGGUCUACCACCAUUUGAAGUUGAGCAACGUCGUCGACUAUGGUGGACACUCGUGGGAUAUGACCGACGGUUGGGAGAAAUGGCUGGAUCGACAGUUACCGCCCUCUCUACCGGCGGUGAUUGCAAAAUACCAAUGAAUGUCAACGACUCAGACUUGCAUGUCGAUGGCAAAGAAUUCCCCACUCCUCACACCGGACCAACUGAAAUGCUUUUCUCUCUAACAAGGGUUGAACUCGCAAUGGCUGUCUCGAGCGAUAGCAAUCGCGACAGCUUCAAGAUGAACAACACGGAUAAGAGCCCUGCGGGGGCAACUGCGAACAAGAACCAGGCGAUAAUCCGGCUUGCUGGCCAAGACGGUCCUGAGUAUACUCUCGACGGGUACUGCGCACACAUUGAAGGUACAUACCUCAGCCAAUGUGACCCCAAAAUUCCCCUGCACUUCUUUACUCUUACAAUGACUCGUCAAGCCUUGUGCAAGAUGCGCAUCAUUAGCUUUCUUGUUCGAAUGCACAGCAACUCUGAUAAUGUUCCACUCAAGGAGAUUGAGAGGGACAGUCUUUUCCUUCAAGCUACACAGAUGAUCGAGUACGAUAACAUUGUUCAGUCCUCCGAGUCACUGCGUCCAUUCAAGUGGUACUCCAUGCAUCACUUCCCCUUCCCUGCAUACAUGUUCCUUGUCCAACAGCUGCGGCAUCGUGUCUCUGGUCCCAUGGUAGAACGUGCGUGGGACGCUAUCGAGAAGAACCACGAUCUACGUGGUCUCAUGAACAAUUACCAUAACCCUAUGCACAUGGCAUUCGGUGGCCACUUUGUCAAAGCUUGGGAUGCACAUGAAGCAUCCCUUCUUGCUGCCGGUCGACAGCCGCGGAGACCAGCAUUUCUCGCUCCUCUGCGUGAACGUGUCGCAGCGCGUCGUCGGGCAAAGCAAGAGAGACGACAAGCUCCUAAUUUUUCUCAACCUCAAAUCGGCAUCCCACAAGUUGCGACGCCUUCUUCUUCAGGCUUUGCCCCAUCUGUUGGACAAAUGACCCCUGGAACCACCCACAACGGCCAGCGAGCAAAUUCAGGCUCUGUUGCCUCAAGCGACGAGCCCGGAGAGAUGGAUUGGACAUUUAUGAUGUCAGGAUACAAUGAUACCGCCAGUUUUACCCCAAUGGGUGGAUUUGGAAGCUUCAGUGGUGGCUUUGGUGGAGGAAUGCCUGGUAUGCCGCCCGGUAUGGGAGGCAUGGGACGCGGCCCUCCCCCUCCUGGUGGCAACACGUUUGGGAAUUAA